UUUGUGCGGCCUGUUUCUUUGGGUUUAUUAUUUAGGUAAUUUGUAUAAAAUAAUGGAUAACAACGUUUUAGUUUUAAAAGACUACAAAACCGUACCAGACGUGGUGCAUGAAUAUGAGCCUACUUUAAAAUUCGGCCAUAUACCUUUAGUUAUUGAUAAUGGAUCGUACCAGUGCCGUGUGGGUUGGUCAAUAUACGACGAACCUCAUUUAAUAUUCAAGAAUUUAAUAGCAAGACCCCGCAAAGAUAGAGUGAAGAAAGAUGCUGAACCGCCGGUAACGCCGCCAAUUCAGAUCGGAAAUGAUAUCAUUAACAUAGAGGCAGUAAGGUUUCAGCUAAAAACACAAUUCGACAAGAAUGUGGUCACACAUUUUGAGGUGCAGGAGCAAGUCUGUGACUACAUAUUCUCUCACUUGGGCAUAGACAAUGAAGGAAGCGUGCCUCAUCCCAUCGUGAUGACUGAAGCUUUUGUUACACCCAAUUACUGCAGACAGUUGAUGUCAGAGCUGCUAUUUGAAGGCUAUGGAGUGCCAGCAGUGAGCUAUGGAGUGGACUCCCUGUUCAGUAUGUACAGGAAUGACAUUGGAGACACUGCUCUCAUUGUCAACUGCGGCUACCACACUAUACACAUCAUCCCUGUUAUAAGGGGAAAGGUUAUUGAAGAGCAUGCAAGGAGGAUUAAUUUAGGUGGCAGUGAAAUGGUCUGCUACCUCCACAAGCUUCUUCAGCUGAAGUACCCGGUCCACGUAAACGCCAUCACCAUGUCCCGCGCCGAAGAAAUCCUGCAGGAACACUGCACUAUCGCGCUGGACUAUCAGGAGGAAAUCAAGAAGUGGGCUAACCCCGACUACUAUGAGGCCAAUGUGAAGAAAAUACAACUGCCUUAUGUGCAGACAGCUAGCUCUUCAGGUUUGACUGCUGAACAACAAAAGGAGAGAAAGAAAGAGAUGGCACGGAGGCUACUUGAAAUUAAUGCGAGAAAAAGAGAAGAAAGACUAGCAGAAGAUGAGGAACAAUUGAACCAUUUACUUUCACUACAGGAUAUGAUAGAGGGCGGUGACACAGACGAAUUCAACGAGGCUGUCAAAGGGUUGGACUUUAAGAGCUAUGAAGAUCUUCAGAAACAAAUAACAAACCUAAACAUGCGUAUAGAGAAGAACAAGCAACGAAUAGUAGCGGCGGCGACGGCGGACGAGAAUAUAGAAGUCCGUCCGAGCGGCCGCUUCCAACCGCCUUCCGACCCUGAAGCCUUCCAGAUAUGGCUCAACGACACCAGGACUAAGUACCGCGAGCUAGUCACCCGGCGCGAAGCUCGGCGCGCGCGCCGCGCCGCCAUGGUGAAGCGGCGCACCGCGGCCGCCGCCGAGCGCAUGCGCGUCAUCUCACGACUCGCAGCCGCCGGCGACGACUUCGGGAACCAGGAUUCGGACUGGGAUGCUUAUAAGAGCAUCAGCCGUGAAGCUGACUCCGACUCUGAAGCAGAUGGUGAGCGACUUCUGGAGCUAGAAGAGACACUGCGCGAGCACGAGCCGCCGCCGCCCAGCGACCAGAGGCACCAGCUGCACCUGGCUAUUGAACCCUUCAGGGCUCCAGAGCUGAUGUUCCAGCCAUCAAUGCUGGGCAACCUGGAGGCGGGGCUGGCGGAGACGCUGGAGUACGUGUUCAAGCACUUCAGCGCCGAGGACCAGCUGCUGCUCGCCAACAACGUCUUCCUCACGGGGGGCUGCUCGCAAUUCCCUGGUUUAAAAGAAAGACUAGAAAGAGAGCUCCUAGAAAUGCGCCCCUUCCAAUCGACGCAUAAAGUGGUUACCGCCAAAAACGCAAGUCUGGACGCGUGGUACGGCGCUCGCGACUUCGCUGGCAGCAACGAGUUCGAGAACUGGUGUGUGUCCAAGGAAGACUACUAUGAGCUGGGGGGAGAGUAUCUGAAGGAACACUACGCGAGUAACAAGUAUUUCAAGAGCCCUGCGCCGAUUGUUGAUAAUACUUUGGCCCCUGCCGGCGACGCUAAUGUGGUGAAGGAAGAAAUAGUUGUCGACUGUUAGUUUUAAAGUGUGUAUAUAUUCUGUGUUUGAAUUGAAGCUGCAACUUGAAAUGGUAUCAUUUCUAUGGAAUAAACUGAUCUUAUAAAAAACUAAAUGUCUUCUUGUA